AUGACCAUACGCCUCAACGGCUUGACUGGCAACAGCCCCAACGGCCUUGGUAUCUCGCUUCAAACCACAAACCCGCCAGUUGCUGGAUCGUCUUCGGACGUAAGACUUACAUCGACCAAGAUCCUGGAUAUCAUCUACGAACAUGCUCUCAACAAGUUCGACGAUUCCAAAGAACGCUUAGCGGCAGGAACGGCGAACUUCCUGGCCGUAAUCGACCGAUUCGUCCUGGCGGGUGAACGCGUCGAAGCAUGUUUGCCGGCCUUUCCCUUCAAGUCGGCCAACAAGGUUUACAAAGUGCUUGGUUCCCUUCCCGACAAGGCUGAAGAGUUAGCGCUUCAACGCCUGAACCACAUGUGCGCAAGGAUCAAGGAUGUCUACAAGCCCGGAGCCAGAGUCACCAUCAUAUCUGAUGGCAUCACCUACAACGACUUGUUAUCGAUAUCUGACCGUGAGACAUGGAUCUAUGGCGAGGCUCUGCGGCAGAUGGCAGUGGAGAAGAAGUUCACCCACGUUGCCUUCUCUCGCUUGAAGGACAUACUUGACCUUCCGCUCCCGGACAAGCUGCGAGAGAUCACCUACGUCGCCAAUUGUACCAACUUCAGACGACUGCUUUUGAACAAGCAUGGAAGGCCGGAUAUCGAUAUCGACAAAGAGAUCAGGGAGAAUGCGGAUACGAGACUGACUUAUCUCGGCUACCGCAAGUUUCUCGAGUCGGAUCUGAAGCACAUCUUCGCGCUUGGAGAGAACCGCGGCAGCAACCAAUACAAGAGGGACGUCAAGUAUCUAGCCAAGCAGAUGCUUUUCAGAGGAUACGUGCAGGCUUAUGCGGGAGCAGUCAAAGCAGCCUUCCCAAACCACCUGAGAUUGUCGAUACACGAAUCGAUAGGCGACCACAAGAUCUCCAUAAGUCUUCUCAACACCAAAACGGGCUACACCACACCCUGGCAUUGUAGCGUAGCCAUGCUAGCCGAUGGGGAAUGGGUCAGCGCACCCAAGGGCGAGUUCGAGAAGGACCAGCGUCUCGAGCUGAUAUACGAGGACGGACGGCCAAGCUACUUCAAGGAGAGGAAACUGCUACGAGCCGAUAUGCCGUGGAUCAACGAAGCAAACACCAGCUAUCUGCAAGCUCGCAGCCUGUUUAACGGCACGAAGAGCGGAUACUCAUCCCCAAGUGCGAUGUCGAUGGCCAGUGGCGCUUCGACACCACCCACCUCAUUCGCACAAUCACCACCGCGAUCCCCACCACGUUCUUCACCGAACAUGAAGACCUCGGAUUCAUCGUAUACGGACGCCAUUGGAGGAGAGCCUGACUAUGGCCACCGUCUCAUACCUCAAAUCAUGGACCAAGUCGCGAGAAAUCACCCCAACCGUGUUGUCUUUUCCAUCGCAAAGCCUUCUGGUGCAGGUCUAACAUACCGAGAUAUAUCAGUGCAUACGUUUGCGAAAGCCGUAGACAAGACUGCUUGGUGGCUCCACGCACAGAUCGGCGAGUCGACAUCUGUGCGACCAGUAGGCUAUAUCGGGCCACACGACCUCCGGCAUGUCCUCCUUACAUAUGCGUGUGUCAAAGUGGGCUACGCCGCCCUCAACCUUUCGCCCAAGAACAGUGUUGAAGGCGCACUGGCCGUGCUCGAAGCAACCGACUGCGAAAUCUGGGCCAAAGCAGGCGAAGUGCCGGCAGUACCUCUGGUAAAGAACUUCCUGGAAAGGCGUUCGAUGAAGUUGUUGGAGCUACCACUUUUAGACGAGCUCCUGGAUACAGAAGACACCAAGCCGUUUCCAUACACCAAAACCUUCCAAAACUCGGCUUCAGAUCCCUUCUGCUAUCUUCACACAUCGGGCUCGACAGGUGUGCCAAAACCUAUUCCAUGGUCUCACAGCUUGGUCGGAACGAUGGAUGCGAUUCGCCUACUUCCACCUGUCGACGGCGAUGAGGGGUUGGUACCAUGGACUUCGGACUGGAAGGAAGGAGACCGGAUCUACUCUUCCUUUCCUAUGUGUCACGGCGCUGGCAUCAUCAUGAACAUCCUGAUGCCAAUAUUCUUCGGUCUACAGGUUGUCAUGGGGCCAACAAACGUUAUACCCAACAUGUCGCUGGUCGAGAACCUUGCCGAUAGUGCGAAGAUCGACAUUUGGAGUAUGGUACCAUCACUUGUCGAUGAGCUUGGAGACACACCUGAUGUGUUGGCCAAGCUCCAGCGAUCUAAAUUCAUCUGCGCAUCGGGUGGCCCGGUCAGCCCGAUUAGUGCCGGCAAAGUCAACGACGUCAUCAGAGUGCUCAAUUUGACGGGCACGACGGAGGGUCUCUUCAUCGGCAACCUCUUUGUUGACAGGGAGGAUUGGUUCUGGUUCGCCUUCCAUCCCUACUCCGGAUUCGAGUUCAAGGAAGUGGAGCCGGGUGUCUAUGAGCAUUGGGUUCACCGCAACGAACAUUCAUCCUUGUUCCAAGGCAUCUUCCACACAUUCCCGGAGAAGACCUCAAUCAACUUCAAAGAUCUCUACAAGCAACACCCCACCAAACCCAAUCUUUGGGCAUUCACAGGGCGCAACGAUGAUCUUAUCGUUCUAUCCAACGGAUACAAGAUCCUGCCUUUGGAGUUCGAAGCACUAGUUGGCACUCACUCUGCGAUCGAUGGUAGCCUUGUUGUUGGCAGCCACAAGCGUCAGGCAGGCCUUCUCAUUGAACUGAAGGAUGCUUUGACCAAGAGUGACGAACUCAUGGACAGCAUAUGGGCCAAGAUCGAGACAAGCAUGUCCUCAGCCCGACACACAGUCAACUUGACACGCGACCACGUCAUCUUCGCGCAACCAGACAAACCCUUCGUUCGGACAGAUAAAGGGACUGUCAAGAGGAAAGCAACAAUGGCGCUUUAUGACGACUACAUCGAGCGGUUCUACAGUUUCCAGAGUGAAGAGAGGUCUUUCAUCGUUGACAGUACCUCCACAUCAACGUUGCAGCAGUCAGUCCGAGAGAUACUCGCAUCCUCUCUUCCAGCCACCUCCAAUGCCACUCCAGACGAUGACCUGUUCGCCCUCGGUCUAGAUUCUUUGGGAGUGUCUGCAGCCGUUAGUGCCAUCCGAACAGCUAUCAUAGGCCUGGACAAACUUGCACCCCGUCAUCUCUACGCCAAUCCAACCCUAGCCAAGUUCACCGCCGCUCUCGAACCAUUGAUCGCUGGAGCAAAGAAUGGUGCCAGAUCAGGUGACGAUCAAGAAUCGAAACUGCAGCGCAUGAUCGCUCAGCGAAGAGCGUGGCAGUCCUUCCGGCUGAAUCCCUUCGACUACGUCAAUCCGAAUCACUACAUGGGCCUGGUGUUUUACUUUCCGCUACAGGCAGACGCGUCGUUCGAAGAGACGUUUGCAAACAUGCAAGCCGGACUCAAUCGGACUUUUGAACUCAUACCAGCCCUUGGUGGAAAGAUGAUUCGCUCUUCCAAAGACGAGAUUGCACAUGCAAACGGCGAUCUCACCGUUGCCGUGCCACCCUUUGGGCAACCCACUCGCGACCGGUUAGUGUACAAGGACCUAUCAAAUGUGCUGCCGACUUUCGAGACCCUACGAGAAGGCGGUUUCGUCCCAUCAGCCUUCAAGGACGAGUUGGUACUGCGACAAGAUACCUUCCCACAACUACCCGCCGAUAUCCUUGUUGCGCAAGCCAACUUCAUCAAAGGCGGUUGCAUCCUCGCCAUUGACCUCAACCACUGCUGCCUGGAUGGUGUAGGUGCUAUCAUUGCUAUCAAAGCGUGGGCCGAGAAUUGCAGGUACCUGCAAGGGGACUCAUCAGCAACAUGUGCGUGGUAUGAUGCGGAGAGCUUCAACCACAGCCUUCCCGAAGUACUGCAUGAGUUGGAAGGACAUGCGCGCUCGGUAGAUGAGAUCGACCCUGAUGUCUGGGGCUUACUUCCAUUUGUUCCCACGGACGACGUCCUUGCGAAACAUGCUGCCAGGCCAGCGGGACCUCUUGGCCGACCGCCACGCUACCCGCUGCACUCGAUAUGGCCUUUGCCGGCUGCAGAGAGAAAAAUGGACACUACUCUCUUCUUGAUCCCACCCGAGAAGGUCGAGUUACUCAAAGCGGACGUCACAAGCGAUCCGGCUGCGAACGGUGUCAGUACGUCUAUCAGCGAUAUGGUACAAGCCUUCUUCUGGCGCUCGGCAUUGCGGGCUCGCUACGCUGUAGCCAAGGCCAAUGGCCAACAGUUCAGCCCUGACGACUGCUCCAUUCUCGAGUUGCCAACGGACGGACGACCUUACUUCUCCUCCCUCUUACCAGACUCAUACAUGGGCAGUCUACUCACGCUCAACCGGACAAGCAUGCCAGUAGAAGAACUCUGCGCCUCCACAACGAGCAUUGCAAGUAUCGCGCAGAUGCUGCGUGCUUCUGCAGCGCGCAUGACGCCAGCACUGAUCCACGAUGCUUUUACCCUCCUGCAGUCACUGCCAGAUCACAGCAGGUUCUCCACAGCCAACAUGGGUCUUGACCACAUGCAUGCCAUGAUCUCCAACAUGAUACUUUUCCAGAUGAACGAGAUCAGCUUCGGUGAUGUCUACUUCGCCAACCGAGGUUCGCCAGAGACGAUGAGACCCCAGCUAGAGCGUGGAAGCGGGCGAUUCAGGUUCUUAGUAGUGUUCCCACUGAAGGCAGAUGGUGGCGUGGAGUUGGUCUUGGGUACAUUCCCCGAAGAGCGGGAUAUGCUUGCACGUGAUGAGGAGUUCACUAGAUAUGCGCAAUUGGUUGAUGUCGCUGCUUGCUGA